AUGGAUUGGCGGGGCGCGGCGGCCGCAGGCAAUCCCCACGUGCACUGCUGCAGCUACCGGGUGGACGACGGGAGCGACUUCUACACCAAUCCCGAGCUGCUGGACCACUUCCGGGAGGCCAAGUGCGAGGCAUACCCCAGGCGCUUCAAGGACCUGGGUGACAGCUUUGGGGUCUACAACAGCCUGGGAACGGACCUUAGAAACCUGAGGCGUUUCGACAGCGUCUGCGGGCAGGCCACCAGGAGAGAAGAGACCGACCUGCGGUCCUUCUACACACCGCAGUAUCCCAUGGCGUCAUACAAGCGAGGGGAGCGCGUGUGUCUCGUAUGGCCCUCCCUGAAUCGCCGCUCAAUGGACAUGCCGCAAGCUAACAUGAGUGAACAGGGAAGGAACGUUUAUGGGAAUUCCAUCAAUACCCCUGAUGGCGGAAUGUACAUAAUGAGCUCCGAGAAGGAUGCCAUAAGGGAUGCCACACUUUCGGAGUUAUUCAACCUGGAAGUCGGCGCCUUCACCUCGCCAAAGGAAGAGCGCGUUGUGGCCUUCCUGGGCAAGAGCGAUUUCGGGCAGGACGACAUGAAGGGCUAUUCGAACUGCCCCAUGUUCGGCCAGAACGGCGCCAUGGCGGGCAACGUGCCAAUGGAUCGCCUUGGGCGUGACGCCUGCGGCCAGUGCUUCCUGGUGCCGCAGACAAUGGAGCCCGGCACAUACACCUUCUACUGGUACUGGCGGGCGACGGAGCAAGAAGUCCGCAAUUACGGCAACCCCCGCGAGUUCCCAGAGGAGUACAUCACCUGCUUCGACGUGACCAUCGAGGAGGGGACCGUGGACGAGUGCCCGCUGGCCGGCGACAACGGCCAGUAUCCCGGCAACCUGCCCGGCACAGGGCGCCAUUCGGGCGACUACAAGCCCACCGGCUACACCACAGGGGGCCCCAUCGUCCCCUCGAGCAUCCAGACUUGCACCAAGGGCGAUGCGCCUCCCCAGCCCUCACCCCCACCUACCACCCCACCUCCGCCUGUCAUCUCCGCUCCCCCCCCUCCACCUACUGCUGCUCCUCCUGUUGAUUUCCCAGAUGUCGCCCCCCAAAUACCACCUGCCGCCCCCCCCCCCUCCACACCCAGAGGCAUCCCCCCAGUCACACCCCAGGCUACCCCGCCGUCUAGUCCCCCAGCUACCCCCCCGUCUACUCCCCCGGCUACUGCCCCAACUACUGCCCCAACUACUGCCCCAACCACUGCCCCAACUACUGCCCCAACUACUACCGCAGCAGUUCCCCCCGCUCCCCAGGUGAUCACCACCAUCCCCGUGGAGGGCCCCCAGCCGCCUGCCGCCGACACCCCCGCCCCGGCGCCCGACUCUCCCGCCCCCGCGCCAUCGGGGCCGGUGGUAGAGCCCCCGGCGGAGCCGGAGGUGUGCAUGGUGCAGCCGGGCGCGGAGUACGACGGCACGGAGCUCAGCGGGGACGUCAUCGAGGUGGACACGGCGGACGAGUGCUGCGAGGCGUGCAGAGCCGCGCAGGCCGACGGCGCCCCCAACGAGGCCUGCAACACCUUCACCUACUGCCCCGCCAACGCCAACCCCGCCGACUGCAGCCCGCGGCAGUGCGUGCUGAAAUUCAGCCAGCAGCUGCCCGCGCCGGUCAAGUCCGUCAACGUCUGGACCUCGGGGACCAACUGCUUCCCAGACGCCGGCGCUUGCGAGGACCCGCCCGAUGACGCCUGUCCCGUGCAGACGGGCACCAAGCGCAGCGGCGCGAUGUCCACCUUCAAUGACGCCAGCGACCUGCUCGUGAUGACGCCAGCGCAGUGCUGCUCGCUGUGCCAGAGGACGCCAGGCUGCAGGUCGUGGGCGUGCGACGGCAGGAACGGCGGGUGCGCGCUGAAGACGAGCGUCCCUCAACAGGUGAAAGUUCCAGACGACAUCCUUUUCUUCAGCGGCGUGGUGGACUCGGAAGGCGAGUCCGACGAGGUCUUGUUCGACAUCCUCCCGGAGGACACCCCCUGCGCCGUGGAGACCGGCGUCGACUUCCCCGGGAACGACAUCGAGCAGGUGACGACGGACACCACGGACGAGUGCUGCAGGCUGUGCGAGAACCACUUUGGGCCGGACGGGACGACCCCCGACUGCUUCGCUUGGACGAGGAACACGGAGACGGGCUUGUGCACCCUGAAGAACAAGAUUGCGCCCAGGACGUUCGAAAACGAGGGCCUCGUGGGGGCAACAGUGUUUUGA